UUUAUCUACUUGAACAUAUAAUUUUUUUUUUUUUUUUGUUUCUUGUUGAUAUGAAUAUGAUAGGAAGCUCUUUCCGGUUAACUAAUCCUUCAAAUCCAACAGGAUCUUCCACAAGAAUGUUUUCAAGUAAAGCUAUUCUCGAGACAAAGCCAAGGGUAGUCGAGCAGACGACGUUCAAGAGACCAAAUAGUCUAUAUGAAGUUCUACGUGUUGAAAGAAAUGCUACACCUCUAGAGAUUAAGACUGCUUAUCGUAGUUUGGCUAAGAUUUACCAUCCGGAUGCUUUAGAAUUCAAGCAACAGGAUGAUCAAGAUUUUAUUGAAAUUCAUAACGCUUAUGCUACGUUGUCUGAUCCUGAAGCACGAGCUGUGUAUGAUCAAAAAUGUAGACGAAAAACAGGAUUAUACACGAAUGGAUUCAACACAACUCGACGAUGGGAGACUGACCAGUGCUGGUAGAUUUACUAGGAACAAGAAAGUUAUAACCAAUUCAGGAACCAGAAAAAAAAUGUGACCAUUCAUGGAUAUUACAUGCCUCCUCUUUUUGGCCUUUUCUUUUGGUCUUUUUUCUCUAAUAUGUUGUCUGGGAUGUCAAGGUAUGAGAUAUAAAAUAAUCUAAUUGCUUCUAUAAUAAUUAAUUUAAUGAAAA